CUCUCCGACUCAGUUUCAGCUCCCGACUCGAAUCCCUCGAACUUGGAAUCUCAAGCCCAGCGACUCUCUGAGCCUCAAAACGAAGCGUUUUGGUUUCCGUCUCAAAUGGACGAGUCCUACGCUGGCCUCCCCACCAGCCACUUGCUCGGCUCCGUCCCUGCUGUUACUGAAGAUAAAGAAAAGGGUACCACAAGUUAUGAAGCACCUGAAGCGAACUUGCAAAUCUUCCCCCCAAAUAAUAAUCGAGGAGAGAAAGGGGGCGGUUAUCAAACUGUUGGAAGUACAAGUGAAACAUUUGAGCAACAACCAGCCAACAACUGGAGGGGAGUAUUUAAUAUCGCAUCAUACACACAAUAUUUCAAUGUGGAUACAGACGUCGUCUUAAACAGAAUGCUUAGUUCUCUAUAUCCCCAUAAUGGAGAUUUUUUCAGCAAAAUUGAUGCCAACCCUGAUCUAUAUGGGCUAGUCUGGAUUUCCACUACGUUAGUGUUUGUGCUUGCUGCACUUGGAAACUGUGCCACCUACCUCAUGGACAAGCGCACUGAUAGCAGUACUGCUUGGGAUUUUAAUGUCAGUUAUAUGAAUAUGGCAGCCUUUUCAGUCUACGGUUAUGCAAUUUUGGUGCCAUUGGCAUUCUAUUUCUUGAUACAGUAUAUGGGCACCUCAAAUGCCAGCCUAGUUCGGUUUUGGUGUAUGUGGGGAUACUCUCUCUUCAUUUUCAUUGCAGCCUCUUUUCUGUUGCUUAUCCCAGUUGAGGCUCUUCGGUGGAUCAUUAUUCUUCUUGUUGGUGGGUACUCUGCUUGCUUUGUUGCCUUUAAUCUCAGGUCCAAUAUGGAGGGGAAUGAACUUUCAGUUGUAUUGAUCGCUGCAUUUCUCUUGCAACUGGCUCUGGCAAUCUUCUUUAAGGUCUACUUCUUUCCAUAAGCGUUACUAAGUGCGGUCAGUCUCCGAAUUAUGAACCUCAACCAACUGUGUUUACUUGAUUUGGGGUAUUUAUUUUUGACGUUGGCCGGAGUAGUACUUCUCUAGGGUUGGGAUUUUCCUGUGUGUUCAUAUCCGCUAAUUACUCACUUGGUUGUAUUGGAGUUGAAUGAAGAGCGAGUGCCGCUGCGCGGAUUAAAUUCUUUGGAAGAGAGAAACUUUGGCCCUGAUGAGUAGGACUAACCUUGUAUUAUCUGCUUUUGUAUUGGCUUAAGUAAGAUCAUAAAUCGGUGUUUGUGUUUCACGUUUUCCCCUUGAUCUUAUAAUUUUCCCCUUCAAACCUGAGUUUGUAAAUAAAUGUCUUCGGAGGGGUUAUUAUGGUAUUUACACUUUAACUUGA